AUGGCCGUUUCAGGACGUAAACAAGUAGACCUGCUAGGAUCAGUAGCAGCAGGAUCAACGGAAGACUUCGAUCACUGUUGUGAGCCAUGUCUUACCACGGGUCAACGUGUCGCAGAUGGGAAUGAGUUCGAUGACGUCAUGAAGAAGCUCGACGAAAAAUUAAAAGAAGCAUCAGAAAUUUCGAAGAAGGCUAAAAGCAGUAGAAGCAACAUAAAUGAUUACAAUAAAGAAAUCAUCAAGGCCAUCACUGAAUUCCGAAAAGAAAUAAACGACCGCCUGGAUCUGAUGCAAAAAGAUGCUUUAAAUAAUGCCGAGGAAAUAAAGUCCAACACCAACAAAAUUAUUCAACAUGUCCUUGAUAAAUGCGAAAAUAUGAUUUCCGGAAUAAAAUGCUUGCAAUCAAGUCUGCAUGCAAGCAAAUCAACUUAUCAAGACGGUCAACUCUACAUUGACAUGAAACGGGCAGAAUCUACGCUGAAAUCAGAUGAAUUAAUUGAUGCAGAACAAACAUUAUUGCAUACCAAUAUGCACUACUCAUUUCAACGAAAUGCUGAACUCGAAACAUUGUUCUGUAAAAAAAUGGUCUUCGGAUGUGCAGUUCUCAACACAAAUAAAUUAGUUCUAGCUGAUUACACCAACCAUAAGGUAAAAUUGAUAUCUAUAGAGAACAGACUUGUGAAAGAUGAGAAAGCUCUAGACUCAGCGCCAUGUGAUAUUGCUGUAAUGUCUCAGGAACAGUUUGCUGUAACAAUGCCGGUAAACAAAGAAAUAGUUGUCAUGACAACAGACGACAAGCUAUCAUGUGUCCGCAGUAUUAAAGUAGAUAGGCCAUGCUAUGGUAUAGACUUUAAUCAAGAUCGUCUUUAUGUUGCUUGUUUGUAUCCUCCUAGUGUGAUUGUACUGAAUACACAAGGUGAUAUCCUGAAUGACAUCCCACUGAACGUUCUUUCAAAUUACUUUUUCCCGUAUAUUGCUGUGGGUAAGGAUUCCAAACUUCUGUAUAUCAAUGACCGUGGUAACAACAGUGUAGUGAGUGUAUCAUUACAAGGGGACGUUAUAGCUACAUAUACACAUACAGAUCUUAGAGAACCACAAGGAAUGUUGAUGUUAGAUGACGGGUCAUUACUUGUCUGCUGUUUUAGUAAUGGAACAAUUCAUAAAGUCAACGGAGACUUGAAGCAAGGGAAGAUAAUGUAUAAAGGUGAAGAUGAAGACCGUCUUCAAUCAAUAUGCUACAGUUCACGCUAUGCUGAGAUCUAUGUUGGUUGCAUUGGAGACCAGUUGAAAGUUUUUAACACACAAUGA